AGCAUGUGAACAUUCACACCAUUCUACUAGCAGAAUCUGCAUUUCUGGGCCGGCCUGUCUGUAUUCUUCCCACAUGUGCUGAGCGGGACUGUUUGGAUCUGCAUGUGUGAAUAAUGCUGUUGUUUUCCUGCACAUUUCCCUCAGUGCUGAUCAGUGCAGCUCAGACGCGACAUCAGCAAGAGGAGGGCAACAUGUCAGAACGAUGCCAUCCUUCUGGCUGUGCCUGUUAAGCACACUCCUUCAAAGGAGCCUCAUUAGAGACACAGACAGCACAGUGGCAUCUCUGCUAUAAAGACUUCUCCACGGGUAUAAGCUCUGGAGUAACAUCAUGGAUCCGGGAGUAUGUGUUCUGGAGCUUCUUGGUUUGUUCUUCUCUCUGAGCGCCUGGCUCUUCUCAUUGACCACCACUCUGAUGUCCCAGUGGCUCACGCUGUCCACCGCUCUCCUUCCUGCUGAGAGCUAUGAGCUGGGAUUGUGGGGGACGUGUGUGGUGCAGGAGCUGGGCAUUCUGGAGUGCCGGCCGUACGACAGCCUCCUCGGACUCCCUCCGGAUAUCCGCUUGGCUCGGAUCCUUAUGUGUGCCACCUUGGCUACCGGUUUCAUGGGAAUAUCUUUUGCAAUCCCAGGCAUCAACUUGGUCAACAGCUGUAAAGGUACUGAGACCCUUAGAGAGAAGAGGAUGCUGAAGAUGGUGGGGGGAGUGCUGUGCUUCACUGCAGGAGUUAUGGGUCUGGUUCCCGUCUCCUACAUAGCCCACCUGACCGUUUUGAGAUUCUUCGAUGAGUCCGUUCCUGAUGUGGUUCCACGCUGGGAGUUUGGUCAGGCUCUGUUCUGGGGCUGGACUGCAGCACUUCUGUACAUUGUAGCUGGAUCAUUGCUUAUUACCUCCUGCAUCUGUCUGCAAGAUGUACCGUGUCCACUGCCAGAGUCCGUGCCACUGCGAGGAGGACAUGCCAGCCCUGAACUUUCUCCACGAAGGAGGACAGAAUAUGUGUGAUAUGCGUUAGGGGACAAUUUUUAAAAAAUAUUCUGCUUCCAGUAAUCACAUACCACUACACCACAUAGAUAAUAUUUUUGUGAGAUGGAACUACUGCACUGGACAUAAUGUGCAAAAUUACAAGCUGCUGCUAUUUCACUGUUUUUGUUUUAAACAAAGGUAAUUUCAUUGAUAUAUUUCAGUGUUUUAA